AUGUCGCCAACCGGUUCUUUGCAUCAAGCAUAUCGCCUCUAUGCAGAUACACAGGGAACAUUCACCGAAGCAGCCAUAGAAUACCUGGAAGGUAACUUCUCAGUUCUCCCAGCCACUAUUCCGGGGCAGUUUUCCACUGUGGCAGUCCCAUCGCGAUUGUACUUUACUAAGACAACGCGCGAGCCUCUCGCAGGUGUAAGAGUUGGUGUCAAGGAUAUUUACAACAUCAAAGGCCUCAAGACGGGGAAUGGAAACCGGGCCUGGUACGACCUGUAUCCUGCAGCUAACGUUACGGCUCCAGCAAUUCAAAACCUUAUCGAUGCAGGAGCUGUUGUAGUCGGGAAAAUGAAGACCAGCCAGUUUGCCAUCGGGGAAACAGCCACCGCAGAUUGGGUCGACGUUCAUGCGCCGUUCAAUCCUAGGGGAGAUGGUUAUCAGGACCCAUCAUCUUCAUCUGCCGGUCCUGCCUCCGGAGUAGGUCAUGGUCUAAUAUCACUGGACGAAGUUAUGCCCAUCGCUCCAGAGCUAGAUACGGCUGGUUUGCUCGCACGAGACCCAUCGCUUCUCAAACAAGCAGCCCAAGCGUUGUAUAAGAAAACCAUGACUGCGACGAACUCGUUUCCUUCUAAUAUUCUCACAGUGGGGUUUCCCGGAAAUGCUACAUCGGAAUUGGAUAACAUCCUAAUGGGCUUCUUGACGAAACUUACAGGUUUCUUAUCAGCCAACACAACCAUUUUCGACAUCGACAACGCCUGGGCGGCAACAAAUCCCAAAAAGGCCGUGCUAAAAACAUUUCUCAACAACACAUACGAUGUCAUCACUUCUCGGCGACAAGUAGCGCUGGUGAGAGACCCCUUCUUCGCCAAAUUUGCAGCCGAAUUCGACGGAAGAACCCCACCUGUGAAUCCGAGCCCCUUAGCUCGCUGGGCGGUUGCAGAUGCAACCCAAGUAACACUUCAAGAGGCUAUAGAGACAAAAUCAGAGUUCCAGAACUGGUUCAACGAAGGAAUCCUCCCCUCGGACCCCAAGACCUGCUCAAAAUCCCUGUUCAUCUACGUUCCGCGAAAACCCUCCCCAAAGUACCGUAACACGUAUCUCUCAGGCGUCACUCCCCCAGCUGCGUUCUCGACAAGCCGAAUCUCUCCGCUUGCGGAAACGCCCGAGAUAGUCAUUCCAAUUGGAGAGAUUGCGUAUUUUUCAUCGGUCUCAAAUCAUACGGAAUAUCUCCCGGUGACGGUGGAUCUGAUGGCGGCAAAAGGGUGCGAUGGUAUGUUGUUUUCACUUGUCGAGGAGCUUUACCUCAGAGGAAUUGUCAAUAAGAGCGAGGCUGGGAGAAGCAAUACUCGAGGCGGACGUAUCUUACUGUAG